AUGAAUAAUAGUAGUAAUAAUAAUAAUAGCUAUAGGUUUUUAUUGAUAGGUUUAUUAUUGUUAUGUUUAAUAUUUAUAAAUCAAAUACCAACUGUACAUUCACAACAAACAAAACAAACAACAACAACACCACCACAAAAUGUUAAAAUAAUAGAUAAUAGUAAUAGUAAUAAUGUGAAUCAGAAUCUAGAACAACUGUACAGAGGUAAACAUACCAAUAAUUGGGCAGUUCUAGUUUGUACCUCUAGAUUCUGGUUCAACUACCGACAUAUUGCCAACGUGCUUGGUUUCUAUAGAACCGUAAAGAAAUUGGGUAUACCUGAUUCUCAAACAGAUGAUAUGGCAUGUAAUCCAAGAAAUUCAUAUGCAGGCGUAAUGUUUAACAAUGAGAAUCACAAGAUGAAUCUAUAUGGCGAUAAUAUAGAAGUAGACUAUAGAGGUUACGAAGUCAACGUCGAGAACUUCAUUCGUGUAUUGACAGGUAGACACGACCCUGAAGUAUCGAGAUCAAAGCGAUUACUUACCGAUGAUAAGAGUAAUAUUUUAAUAUUCUUAACUGGUCAUGGUGGUGAUGAAUUCUUAAAAUUCCAAGAUAAUGAAGAGAUUUCAUCAUAUGAUUUAUCGGAUGCAUUCAAACAGAUGUAUGAAAAGAAGAGAUACAAUGAGAUAUUGUUCAUGGUAGAUACAUGCCAAGCCAAUACAUUGUACAAACGAUUCAACUCACCCAAUAUUCUGGCAAUCGGUAGCAGUAGACUUGGUGAGAAUUCAUAUUCUCAUCACUCUGAUCCAGAAUUAGGAUUGACAGUUAUCGAUAGAUUCACAUAUUAUACACUUGAAUUCUUUGAGAAUGUAGAUCCUCAUAAUGUUUCGUUGUUACAGUUGUUUGGAACCUACAAUUAUCAAAAGUUGAUUUCACACUCAGAGUAUCGUAGUGAUCUAUUCUCAAGACCAUUGGACAAGGUGCCUGUCACCGACUUUUUCGGAUCGGUAAUGAGAGCUGACAUCACACCGACCAUCGAAGCGUCGAAGGAACCUCUCGCAACUCAACCAAAGACACAAUCAAUAGAGAUAACAGAGAAACAAAUAUCAUUAGAUAACAAAAAUAUAAAUAACAAUGUAAGUUUUAUCAAUCAACAACAACAACAAUAA